AUGAAGGUCAUCAGCAAGGAGGAGGAAGCCGCCCACUACGGGGUCGUCCUGCGCGGCGGCCUCGUCGGCGGCUCAGCCGGCCUGGCCCUCGGUCUGGGCGGCGUGAUGCUCGCGUCGCGUCGGUACCCGGCCUUCCGGUCGCUGACCCUGCCCUUCCGCACCUUCCUCGUCACCUCGACGGCCACGUUUGGCGCCAUCGUCAACGCGGAGCGGCGCUCGACCGCCUUCCAGCGCGCCAACGACCCCGGCCACGGGUACCAGGACGAGGCGCAGCGCGCCGCCCGGCUGGCGCGCGAGAACGACCCGGCCUACCGGCGCCUGGCGCGCUGGGGGCGCGACAACCGCUACGGCAUCGUCUUCGCCUCGUGGCUGGCCAGCAUGGCCGUCGCGCUGGCCGUCGUCGGCCGCGCCCCCAUCAGCACCGCCCAGAAGCUGGUCCAGGCCCGCGUCUACGCCCAGGGCCUGACGCUCGCCGUCCUCGUGGCCAGCGCCGCCUUUGAGGCCAGCGACGCCAACCGCGGCAGCGGCCGGUGGGAGACGGUCAUGGUGCUCGACCCCAGCGACCCGGAGCACAAGCACCUGAUUGAGAAGCGCGUGCACAAGGAGCAGUACGAGGGGCAGGAUCUGUGGCGGGACAUGGUGGAAGCCGAAGAGCGCCGGCUUGCCGCCAAGAAGCAGCCCGGCAGCAAGGCUUGA